CCAAACACAGAGCUACAAGAGAGAGAGUAGUGGACUUCCAUUCAUCAGGAGACACAAACACAAAGGCUCCUGAUGAGUCAUCAUGUUGAUGUGUAACUGCUGGAUAUGGAAGCAGCUGUUGAUAUCAUGUUAGACACAACUACUUUAUAAGCUGAUAAGAUGUCACAUGUUGUGUUCACAGCUUGUUUUCACUGAACCACAAGUGGACAAAGAAAUCAAUAGAUGCAGGUUUAAACAUGUGACUCAUUGACUGACUGUAGAGGAAACUGAGUGUGAAAUGGAUGAUGAUGGUCAAUAUAAUACUGAUAAUAAUACAUCAUGAAUAAGUGAACAUAAUGAGCUGUCGUCAUGGGCCAAUCAGAAGAAGCUCCAGUGAAGUCAAAGAGUAUGAGCUGAUGAAUAAUAAGUGCUCCAAGUGAACAUGAAUAACAAAGCUCCGUGUGUGAGAGCGAUGUAAUGUCCAUGUCUCCAUGCUGCUCUGACCCCCCUCCUCCUUUCAGGGUGGAGCCUGCUGGAGUCCGAUGGUCCAGACCAGGUCUGAGGAAGUAUUCCUGUGAACUCACACUCGACACAAACACAGUGAACAGAAACCUCAAGCUGUCUGACAACAACAGGAAGGUGACACAUGUGGAGGAGGAUCAGUCAUAUCCUGAUCAUCCAGACAGAUUUGAUCACUGGCUUCAGCUGAUGUGUAGAACUGGUCUGACUGGUCGCUGUUACUGGGAGGUCGAGUGGAGAGGAAGAGUUUAUACAUCAGUGUGUUACAGAGGAAUCAGAAGGAGAGGAGACAGUGAAGACUGUUUGUUUGGAAGGAAUGAUCAGUCCUGGAGUCUGGAGUGCUCUGAUCGUGGUUACUAUGUCUGUCACAAUAUGACAUUACCAUACAUCUCCUCCUCCUCCUCCUCCUCCUCCUCCUCCUCCUCCUCCUCUGGUAGAGUAGCAGUGUAUGUGGACUGUCCUGCUGGCUCUGUGUCCUUCUACAGAGUCUCCUCUGACACACUGAUCCACCUCCACACCUUCAACACCACAUUCACUGAACCUCUUUAUCCUGGGUUUGGGUUCUGGUUCAGGUCCAGGUCCAGGUCUGGUUCCUCAGUGUCUCUGUGUUCUCUGUAAGAGGGAGAGUCUCCUCCUGGUAGAGAAACUUUCUCUCUGCUGACCAGAUAGUUCAGUGUGUACAGGAUCACACACAGCUGAUGUUAGUUAGUACCAACCUGAUCUCUCAGUGGUUGUAAAUGCAGUUGGAGCAGGUGAGGGGUACCAGAGCUGGUCUGGACUCUGGGGGAUUGAGAGCUCUCUGGGACUUGUGGUGUUGCAGAUGGAUGUCUAAAAGAGCUGAGCGAGGUCCAUGUAAUGACCUGAAAUGAUCUGUUGUCUGAGAGAAGCUGUGAAAUAUGUUUGACUUUGUGUAUAAAACUGAACUUUGUUAUCUUAAAACAUUUGUUUGUGUGAAGAAAAACCUCCGAAUGUCAAACAAGAGUCUUUCUGGAUCAAAUUCAGCAUCUGUGGAACAAGAAUCACAACUUGUAAAGAGUUGUUUUGAUUUGAACAAACUAAAUUCAUCAUCUUUGAUCAUCGUGUGACAAAUUAACAAACUUUGAUAAGUGACGUUGAAAUAAAAAGAAAUCAAAGUUUUGGAUGAUUCUAGAUAAUAAACCACAUAAACAUCAUGUCAAAGCAAAAAUGUUCAAAUCCAUCAGAACACUGUAUAAAAUAAAGGAUUUGUUAAAUCCCACUUCAUUCUUCACGUUGUAUUGUUCACUUGUACUUCCAUUCAUCACUGACUGUGUGCUAGUUUUGGGAAACUCAGAAACAAAUCAAAAGAAGUUUGAACCAAACUACUGAUCAGGAACCAACUCAACUGUUUAUUCAAUGAAAAUAUAUUAUAUUCUGUCAUGAUUUAACUUUUCAUUAUUUGAUUUGUAUUUUUACUGAUCAUGUGUUCAUUUAUUGAUGAUAAUGUUUCACUGAUUUUCAUUCAUGUAUUCAUGUGUGAUCAUAAAUGCUUUUAUAAUCACCAAUGGUUAAGAUGAGUAAAUGAGAUAAUCUUGGUUUAACAUACUUUGCUCUGAUCUUUGUCAGAGUCAGCUUAGGAGACAGGAUGUAAGUGCAGGUGCUGUAACCAUGGUAACUGUU